CUGCAUCUUGAAUUGCGGCUGUGCGUGACUGUUUCUGAUUUGAACACCGGAGCGCCCCUGAGAUCACAGCUCUUCUGAAGGCUUUAUGUGCUCCUUCACGUUAUUUUGACAUAAGUCUGUCAUCCAAAGUUGUAAGGGUAAUAAAGGUCAUAUCUUUUAUGACAAAAAGGCAUGGUUCUUCACUUGUUCUGAUAUGAGUGAAAUUUAGAGGUUGUGGUUCAAGACUCUUUUGAUAUUAUAGUGAAGAAAUGGAUCAAAAGGGGGGUGAGAGUUGGAGACAAAUGGUCAGGAAGAUGCAUCCAGCAGGUGCCUCUCUUCCUGAGGAUUCACCUGAGCUUGACUAUUCGAUAGCUUUGGAAUAUCAGGGCCCUCCUGUUCCUUACGAACUGCCGAGAGUUGAGCCUCUUGAUGUAGAUUCCCAUGGGAUUCCGACAGCAGAGCCACUGUCAGAGUCACAAAGAUCGGUUGGUGGUGCAGGUCUCCCAGUGAUUGAACCAAUUCCCUUGCCAGUGUCUUGUAUUGCUGGUGUCACGAGUCCACCUGCUCAGAGUCCGAGGGUUUCAGCUAGUUCAGGAUCAGUAGUGUCUGUAUUACAAAAUCCUGAUUCUUCUUCGGCUUCCCCAUCAGCUUCUCCUGCAUCUGUCCGCAAUCCUUCAAGUAACCCUCCACAACAAGUUGUUAACGAAGUAAAGAGAGUGCCAGUUGUUACAUUUAGUACGGUUGAUAGAUCUGAAAGGAAAGAGGUUGAUGUGGAGAAGCUAGAUUACCCUGAGUAUGUUGGGAUUUCAGAAGAAAAGAAGAAGAAGAAGAAUAAAAGAAGAGUUUGUUAUCGGUGUGGUAAAGGAAAGUGGGAAACCAAGGAAUCAUGUCUGGUUUGUGAUGCCAAGUAUUGCAGCAGUUGUGUGCUUAGGGCAAUGGGUUCCAUGCCUGAAGGGCGCAAGUGUGUAACAUGUAUUGGUCAGCCAAUUGACGAAUCAAAGCGGUUGAAACUGGGUAAACAUUCGAGGGUAUUAUCCCGAUUGCUCAGUCCUUUGGAAGUAAGGCAGAUUAUGAAAGCGGAGAAAGAAUGUUCUGCUAAUCAGCUUCGGCCAGGGCAACUAAGUGUGAAUGGUUUUCCUCUGAAGCCUGAAGAAAUGGCUGAGUUACUUGGAUGUCCUUUGCCCCCUCAGAAGUUGAAGCCUGGAAGAUACUGGUAUGACAAGGAAUCUGGGCUUUGGGGAAAGGAAGGAGAAAACCCAGACAGAAUUAUCAGUUCAAACUUAAAUUUUACGGGCAAGCUUAGCGCACGUGCAAGCAAUGGGAACACUGAAGUUUAUAUCAAUGGACGUGAAAUUACAAAACUUGAGUUGAGGGUGCUGAGAUUGGCAAAUGUUCAAUGUCCACGAGAUACUCAUUUUUGGGUCUAUGAUGAUGGCCGUUAUGAGGAAGAAGGUCAGAAUAACAUUAGGGGAAAAAUCUGGGAGAAGGCAUCAACACGGUUUUUCUGUUCCUUGUUCUCUUUGCCUGUGCCUCAUGGUCAACCUCAUGGAGUAAGAGAUGAGACCAGCAAUUAUAAUACUGUUCCUAAUUAUCUGGAACAGAAAAAGAUCCAGAAGCUACUACUACUAGGGCUUCAAGGCUCUGGAACCAGCACAAUAUUCAAGCAGGCCAAAUUUCUAUAUGGGAAUAGGUUUGCCCCAGAGGAAUUGCAGGAUAUUAAGUUGAUGAUUCAGAGCAAUAUGUAUCGAUACCUUAGUAUAUUGCUUGAUGGACGGGAGCGGUUUGAGGAGGAGUUCAUGUCUAGAAAGAAACGAUCAGGUUCCCAUGAUCAAAAUUCUGCAGCAGGUGGAGAGGUUGAUACUAGUGAAACUAAUCAGUGUAUCUAUUCCAUAAACCCACGGUUAAAGCAUUUUUCAGACUGGCUGCUGGACAUUAUAGCCACUGGAGAUUUGGAUGCAUUUUUUCCUGCAGCAACACGUGAGUAUGCUCCAUUAGUUGAAGAGGUAUGGAAGGAUCCAGCCAUACAAGAAACAUACAGAAGAAAAGAUGAACUUCACUUUCUUCCAGAUGUUGCAGAAUACUUCCUAAGCCGGGCAGUGGAAGUGUCAAGCAAUGAAUAUGAGCCUACAGAACGUGAUAUUCUUUAUGCAGAAGGGGUCACCCAAGGGAAUGGUUUGGCUUUCAUAGAAUUUUCACUCGAUGAUCAUAGCCCAAUGUCUGAAAUCUACAGUGACAAUCUGGAAGCUCCACCCCCACCUCUGACCAAGUAUCAACUUAUAAGGGUAAAUGCAAAGGGGAUGAAUGAGGGGUGCAAGUGGGUGGAAAUGUUUGAAGACGUGCGUGCUGUGAUCUUCUGUGUUGCCCUUAGUGAUUAUGAUCAAAUGCGCAUUGCCCCAGAGGGUAGUGGCAGUGGAUCACUACUACAAAAUAAGAUGAUUCAGAGCAAAGAACUCUUCGAGACUAUGAUAAAGCAACCUUGCUUUAGGGACACCCCUUUUGUUUUGAUACUCAACAAGUAUGACCUCUUCGAGGAGAAGCUUGCUCGGGUGGCAUUAAAUGCUUGUGAGUGGUUCAGUGACUUCAUUCCAGUGACGACUCACCAUAACAAUCAGGCACUGGCUCAGCAGGCAUACUACUAUGUGGCAAUGAAAUUCAAAGAUCUUUAUUUUUCACUCACCAGUCGAAAGCUUUUCGUGUGGCAAGCUAGGGCUAGGGAUAAGGCGACUAUUAAUGGGGCAUUUAAAUAUAUAAGGGAAGUUCUCAAGUGGGAUGAGGAGAAAGAAGAAAACUUAUAUGUGGUGGAGGAUUCAUUUUACAGCACAGACGUGAGCUCGUCGCCAUUUGUGAGGCAGGACUAAUGUAAUUAUUCUUUUGAAAUGCAUCUGUAUUUUCCGUAGGGGUAAAAUUGUGUAAAGAUUUGCUUGUGUUUGUGCUCAUCCUAAUAAUGUCAGUUGUUUUUUCACAAUACAUUUGUCUUCAAAUU